AUGCGACUCCUGGAAUGCAGUCCCGAUGGCAGCUUCACUCGAACAGAGGAUCUACCUGCGAACGAAGAUCUCGAAUAUGCCAUACUCUCGCACACAUGGGGCCCCGAGGAGGUCACCUUCAAAGAUUUGGUCGACGGCACCGAUGGCGAUAAGGCUGGCUACGAUAAACUGAGGUUCUGCGCAAACCGAGCGAUACAUGACGGCUUGCGAUAUUUCUGGGUCGACACCUGCUGCAUCGACAAGUCGAACCAAGUCGAGCUGAACGAGGCGAUUAUCUCGAUGUUUCGUUGGUACCGCAAAGCAGCUCGCUGCUACGUAUAUCUGUCGGAUGUCUCAAUUGCUGGCUGUGGGCGCAGAGAGCCAUCUGAGCCUUGGGAACGGGCAUUUCGAGACAGCAGAUGGUUCACCCGGGGCUGGACGCUCCAAGAGCUUCUUGCGCCGGCAUCGGUCGAGUUCUUCGCGCGAGGGGGUCAAAGACUUGGUGACAAGAAAUCUCUGGAGCAACCGAUCCACGAAAUAACAAGGAUAGCUACCGCAGCACUUCGAGGCACCGACCUUUCCCAGUUCGACGUCGACGAACGAUUCGAAUGGGCGAAGAGCCGCGAGACUACACGCGAAGAAGACUGGGCAUACUGUCUACUAGGCAUUUUCAGCGUCUCCAUGCCGGCUUUAUACGGCGAGGGGAAGCAGAAUGCUAUUCGAAGGCUCAAAAGGGAAAUC